AUGGAUCAAGCGCCGACUCGCAACACAGCAAGCCCACCCGAACUGAUAGGCCCCAACACCGAAUACUCGGCACAGGCUAUAGAUCACGACGUCCUCGCCGCGCAUGGCUUUAGUGCGUCUUCCCCACCGGCGCCAACAUCGCCACUGUUCCACGCCACCUGCCCAGCCGCGACAAAAGAGCUCCAGCAUGCACCCCUCAUCGACGAAUGCAUCAAACGCCUGCAAGACGAGAAGAAGGACAGUGUGAAGCCUUCUCCCAGCUUCAACACAACAAAGGCCCGGGUUCAAGCCAACAGCAAAGUUGGAUUUGUCUCCGCGAUGCGGCUCUCCACAGUUCAGACACUUCUUGCUCGCUUUGUGUCCACGAACGAUCUCGCAGCCCUUGACAAUGCAUGCUCUGCAAUUGGAGGUUCCCUGGACCUGGGAAAUGAGAAGAACAGGAAUAUGUUCGAGGGUUUGGCCACGGACGAUCGGACUGGCAAGGCUGCGGAACGCGAGGCGUACUACAAAGCUCUUGAGAACUUGCUUGAGCCGCGCACCAAGCGGAAGCUCGACGGUAGUGAAGGGACUGCACAUGCACCAUCAUGGCACCCUCAGUCACAAGAAUCGAAGAGGCUCCAAGCUUUCGCCUCGGUACCCAUAGAUGACUAG